UCCAGCCGCCACCUUUGACUUGUGCAAUCACGGGAGGGGAGGGGAGGGGAGAUCCAUGGGGACGGAGGUGAAGGUGAAGGUGUUCGGGCCGGCGAGGUCCACCUGCGUGGCACGGGUGCUGGUGUGCCUGGAGGAGGUCGGCGCCGAGUACGAGCUGGUGCACGUCCACCUCCCCGCCGGCGACCACAAGGGCCCCGCGCAUCUCGCCCGCACUCCCUUUGGUCAGGUCCCGGCUUUCCAGGACGGCGAUCUCAUCCUUUUCGAGUCGCGUGCGAUUUCGAGGUACGUACUCCGCAAAGGCGCAUCCGAUCUACUCCGAGAAAAUAGCCUCUCCAAAUCGACGAUGGUGGACGCGUGGCUGGAAGCAGAGUCCCACAACUUCGACAGGGCCAUGUCGGCGAUCACCUUCCAGUGCUUCGUCGUGCCCAUGUUCAUGGGCGGGACAGCCGACGAGAGGGUCGUCAAGGAGAACCUGGAGAAGCUGAAGGUGACCCUCGGAGUCUACGAGGAGCGUCUGUCCAGGUUCAAAUACUUGGCCGGAGAUUUCAUCAGCCUGGCGGACCUCAGCCAUUGCCCCAUGGCUCACUACCUGCUGGCCAGCCCCUGCUCGUCGGUGCUCGAUGCGUAUCCGCGUGUGAAGGCGUGGGUUGAUGGCAUGAUGGAUCGGCCGAGCGUGAAGAAGGUCAUGGAGCUUAUGGAUGCGCCGUGAAAAGAGUGAUGUGGUGUACGUGUGCUUUGUGGAAUGGAAGUUGUCUCAGCUGUGCGAGUGGAGAUGAUUUGUCUUGUUUCAACCAGGAGUCAACCCAAUUUAUAUGGAAUGAUCUUAAUUAUUUACAA